CACAAAGCACAAUGAAACAGGAUUGUUGUUGGACUCAAAAUGUUAACUGUACUAUUAUUAGUCUGUGCUCAUCAGAUCAUUAUUAAUAUUAAGUGUAACACAAAAAUAUAUCAGAAGGCGUUUCCUCAUAGUUUUUAGUAGCCUAUGUAUUACAGUAUAAUAAAAUAAUAAUAGUAAUCAUAUAAAUAUGAUAAAAUUCCUGAAAUUAUGGCUUUCUAGUUGUGGUUUGCCGCCCCAAGAUUUUAAGUGAAAACUUUCUGCAGUUUUAUUGUUAAUUUGUUAAAGUUUAUUUAUUUUGAGGAGAAUGUUUAACUGCAGUUUUCUGUAAUACAGCAUUCAGGGCCCCAAGUUGAGCAGGAUAUCUUGGAUUUUAUUACAAUAACAUGUAAACAUAAAUACUGGAGUCCAGGAGUAACUUUUUGAAAUCAAGGCUCCAUAAAGUGCACAUUUAAAUAAAAAAUAUAUCUUAAAUAAGAAUAGCCCUUAAAGUAAAUAAAUACAUUUAUAUGAGAAAAGCAUCAACAUUUUGACAACUAUAAAUGACCUAUUACAUAUAACGUCAUUUUGUUGCUCAUCUGAUACUUUGAAUCCGAACCAUCUCCAUAUUACUGAGCCACUUUUUAUUUUACCAACCAAUUAUUCCUCCGUGUUUGUUACAGACUUUCAGAGAGUCUGAUCCAGCCUCUGUGUUAAAGAGAAAGAGGAAGGGAAGCUGUUCCCGCUGGUCAACAACGCUGAUCCGCACUUUAAACGGAACAAGAGUCACAGCGCAAACCAUUCAUACCAUAGAAAUGAUUCAUACGCACAUCUCUAGCAGAUGGAUUUAAACAUGGUUCAAAAACACAACUAGAAUGAGAGUAGAGUCGGUCUGUGUGUCUAAGUGUCUGUCUUCGGAUUUGUCGUUGUUCUGUUGGCGGUUCUGACGGUGAACGUGGAUCAACCUGAUGUGGAGAUGUUUUCAGAAAGUUUCAAUCAAGAUACAGAGAUGAUUUUGGUGUGCAGAGCCAGAGGCUUCAACACAUCAGGAAUUGAGCUGCAUAUCAAGAAGAAUCGCUGUGAUCUUCUGACUAAAGAGGACGGAGUGGAGACUUCAGGAGUUCGUCAACAAGACAACACCUACUGGAGAGAAGACGACGUCAUCAUUUCUAAGUCUGAAAUGUCUAAUUACAGCUGUGAAGUCAUUCAUGCUGAAUCCCGUUUUCAUGUGGAAAAAGUUUGGGAUCCUGACUCUGGUGGACGAGGACGGAUCAUUUCAUCUAAGUUUGUCGACAUAAUUAAAACAUCUCGUCCUCGUGUGUUGGUGUCGGUGGACAACGAAGUGCAGGCGAACAUCACACUGACGUGUCUGGCUGAAGGUUUCUACCCAAGAAACAUCAUUCUGAACAUCAAGAGGAACGGGAAUAUUCUAACCAGAGAGGACAGAGUGGACAGUUCAGGAGUUUGUCCACAUGAAGACAACACCUUCCAGAGAAGAGACCACAUCAUCAUUUCAAAGUCUGACAGGUCUAACUACAGCUGUGAGGUCAUUCAUGCUGCAUCUGAUUCACAUGAGGAAAAGGUUUGGGAUCAUCAUCUUCCUCCUGAUGGCGUUGAAGACAAAGAUGGAGACAGUGGGCACAAAUCUGCCAUCAUCAUUGCUGCAGUGAUAGUGGUUCUGGUUGUGGUUCUGGCGCCAUUUGUGGUUGUGGUUCUGGAUCUGGUGGUUCUUUACUUAAGAGGCGACCUUGGAGACAAAAGAGGCAGAUACUCAGGUGUACCACAGGAUGUUGAAGCUUCUCCACCAGAAUCAGACAAGACUGGAGAAUCUCAACAAUCUCUGACUGGUGACACUGACUUUCAAAAUUCUGCUUCUGCUGGUUCUGGUGACUCUGAUAAUGACGACACAUCCAACAAUGUUGAGACUGAGGAACUACAGAACACAAAUGUCCAGGAUCAAAGGACUCCAUCAGAACCAUCAAAUCCUUCUACCAAAACGAUGAAGAUGUGGAUGCGUCCAAAUGAGACACUGAGACGUGACCCUACCAACAUCUACAAAACCAGAAUAAUAAACUACCUACAACAGCUGGAGAAGGAGAAGGCCAUCGACAGACUCCUUUAUUACCGUCUGUACCCAGGGGAAGCUACACCGUGUAUUUAUGGACUCCCCAAAAUACACAAGGAGGGAGCCCCACUCAGACCCAUUGUCAGCAGCAUUAAUUCUGUCACAUAUAACACUGCCAAGCAUUUGGCAUCCAUCCUCUCUCCGUUAGUAGGCAACACCCCACACCACAUUGUAAACUCCAGGGACUUUGUGAACAAAGUCAAGGACGUCGCAGCCAUUGUGUCCUAUGAUGUCACCUCACUGUUCACCUGCAUCCCCACGAGAGAAGCCACGGAUGUAGUAAGGAAAAGACUACAAAAGGAUGACACCUUGGCCUCAAGAACCAACCUCACCCCAGAACAAGUCUGUGUGUUACUCGACCUGUGCCUGACCACCACCUACUUUCAGUUCAAUGGAGGUUUCUACAGGCAAAAACACGGCUGUGCCAUGGGGUCCCCAGUGUCACCGAUCGAAACCGAAAUACUAGCGGAGAUCGCUAGCUAGCUUCAAAUGCUUGAAAGCAAAAAAACAAACAAACAAAAAAAAAUACAUGUCCAUGAACAUGAGUGUUAGCGGUUGGAUCCCCUGAGUGUGCCAUAUGCCGAAGUGUCCUUGAGCAAGACACUGAACUGAAUUUGCUCCCAGUGCAACUGGCACUGGUCUGUGAAUGUGUGGGUGAAUGUGUGAGCGAAUGGGUGGAUGUGUCUCUGACUGUAAAAGCACUUUGAGAACCUUUGAGUAGGUAGAAAAGCGCUAUAUAAGAGCAAGACCAUUUACCAAGUGAACACAUUGAAUUUGGUGUCGUUUGGCCCCUAGGGGGCACUGUAAAUAGAAAACAUGGUUAUCUAUAUCUCUUGAUGGGUUUAUCGACAGUGGCUCAGGUCGUCCAAUGAAUGUGGUCGGUGGUCGCUGUGUUUUUGCCUCGGCGCACAUUGGCAGCCACGCUUCUGUCAGUCUCCAGGGCAGCUGUGGCUACCAAAGUAGUUUAGCACCACCAGUGAGAAUGUGUAUGAAUGAAUAAUGGGUUCUGUAAAAAAAAAAAAAAAAGUGCUUUGGGAACCACUUUGUGUUGAAAAGCGCUAUAUAAAUCCAAUCCAUUAUUAUUAUUAUUAUUACUAUUAUUAUAUUUGAAAUGACAGGUACUGGGGGGUGCCCCAUUGAUAGGUCAUGCCAACUUUUCGUUUUAGCCAAUCGUUGGGCAAACGGGAAGUUUGCUCGUAUCUGGGCGACGCUUUGACUUCCAAAGAGAAGAAAAGACCAAACUUGGUCGGACGCUCAUUACAUGUUUUCAUUGUUUGUGACCUUCUUACUUGUUUUGUUAGUUUGUUGUUUCAGGACAUGUGAUGGAACAGCAAAAGAAAUGUACUUUGGGAAAUGCUGAUGUCAUGUAACCCAGCUGUAGUUUUUUUUGUUUUGUUUACCAUGAUUUUUUGACAGUCGGUUUGUUUCCAUCACAUUGUAUGAAUUUUUUUUUUUUUUUAAUUUUGAUUUUGAUAUACUAUAUUGAUCCCCGAGGGGAAAUUGUGUCCUGCUGUUUGACCCUUUGAAGCCCAAGAUGUUGGGUAACACUGUAGAGGGGCCGCCAAAUGUGCAUCCUUGCACUGCUAUGUGUUGUGUUUUUUUUUUGUUGUUGUUGUUUUGUACAGACUGAGAAUGGAUUCCACAGUGAUUGUGCGUUGUAUUUUCUGUGUUUGACUUCCCAUGUCAUUUUGAAGUAUUAUGUUAAUAUUAUAAAUUAAAUCUGGAUCAAUAGUAAACCACUAUCAGGA